CGGAGGCGGGAGCGUUUUGACUUCGUCGUGGGCGCAGAUUCGAGAGGAUUUUUGACGAGAAAAUUUCAAUUAUCCGCGGGUAGAGGUUGGUUUUGUUUGUUGUUGGCUUAGAUUGCGCAAAUUAUAGAUGUGUCGUUGAACCCCCCCACCGCCCGCCCGCCACCCCGACGCAGCCAAUUAGUUGAGGUUGGUGUGUCACAUGAAACGUGACAAUUCCUUAGAGCAGCAUCGGUGUGUUGGUUACUAAACUGUUGGUUUCAUCUUAGCUGCGUGAAGAUCUUAAAGUUUGUCGUCGUCGUCGUGAAGUUGCGAGAUUGUCGGUACUUUUGUUCUUAAUUUAGUUUGUUUUUUUAAAAGCGGCGUCAAAUGCCGUCCAAGGCUCCACGCAAAGCGAAGAGGCAGAAAUGCGAGAGUCCACAGCGAUCGCCUCAUCCCACAACAACCACCACAGCCGCCGCUGCAUCGACCGCGAAGACCGAGGGGGUGGACGAGGUGGACGAUGAGAAGCAGGAGGAGGUGUACGUGGAGGAGGGUGGGACAGACCUCGAUGUGGAGCUGCCCACGAUGACGUCGCUCGUUCACGACCGGCCCCAGCUGCUGGAGCAGAGCCUCCGAGCCGUAGGGGACAAACAGACGAGGAGGAUCCUCCCACCGAGACUCUCGGCCUGUACCCUGGAGGAGGUGAAGGCCCUCUGUCUGGAGCAACUGAUGCUGAUGUCGGACAAACAAAUCCACCAAGUCCUACAAGGUGAGCCAGUUGGGUCGGAUUCAGAAGAGGAUAAGAUGGGGGCAACCACCAAGGACGGAACAGAACAGUGUGAAAACAGGCAAAACAGCCAGUGCAUGGACACCACAAGUUCAGCCUCUGUCACGUGCACCCAGCCUGGUGCUGAGCCUGACGAUGAGGCCACACCGGUCGCCGCCACAGAUGGUGCAAUAUCGUGCGCGGAGAGCGAUGCCUUGAGUCUGGUGGCGGCCGGAUCCCUCUCUGAGGAUGAGAUGGAGAACGAUGGGAAAAAGGAUCAGGAGGGAGAUGAGAGGAAGGUGGAGGAGGAGGUGGAGGGAGACCAGCGGGUAAAGGGGGCUCCCUUGUCUCCACACGGCUCCACGGGCAGCAGAGGUCUCCCCGAUUCUCAUGCCCCACACUCCCUCCCCGCCAUUCUCCACCAGACCCUGGACGCCCUCCUCUCGGACCCACUGCCUCCCUCUCCCGCCUCGUCCUCCCCCUCCUCGUCUCCCAGGUGCUCUUCUGUCGAGGGCGUUGCAGCCGGAAAGGCCACACCUGUGCCAGGCUGUGGCCCUGCCCACGACAUACUGGAACUGGAGCUCAGGGCCCGUGCGAUCAAGUCGCUCAUGAAGGCGAAUGAGCGCAGGCUGAACUCCUAAGGACUCUGCCUCCUCCGUCGGGUUCAGAGGUCGAAGCACCUCCGAUUAGUACGGUUGGCUACGUAUGGUGCGAAAGAAGUUUACCGUAAAGGCGUACGGAAACUGAUAGGGGUACUUCCUCUUGGCACGAGUUUCCGUGAUGUUCCCCGCCCUGAGCUGUGUCCUUUCCACGAUGUCAUCCUAACCACCACAUCCGUGUUUGGCUCUUGCUCUUCUGUCUUCAAUUUUCCCAACAGAUCCAUCAAAUUGUCAUCAGUUUAUGCAUCAUCAUCAUCAUAGCUAAUGACCAAUCGAAACUCAUUCCAAGGUUAUUCACACGAAGAUUUUCACAAGAUUAAAAGAGACGUGAUAACAAAUUGUCAAUUGCAUUAACAAUUAAGUUCGUAAGUAUCUGGUUAAUUUAUGCAUGGCCGUCAUUUGAAGUAGUGGAAUGCCUGUGAAUGUCGUGGGGCUGGAACCACGUGUCACCUAUGCUGAGCCCUUUUAUUGCACAGCAAUGAAUGAGCCUUUCUGAGUUGUCAUUGGGGAUGCAGCUGCCAUGCGGGGGCCAAUCACGGUUCGGAGGCCAUCGCUGGAAGUACGAGAGACGGCAUUGAAGUCUCCCAAGGCACAUGGCGAGGUGUUGUGGGGUUCAUUGUCUGCUCUGAGAACCGGUAGAAAUGGUUUUUAAUGUCGUCAGGUGCUUCGUCGGUAGGUGCGUAUGCCGCGGCUACAAAUAGGUUACCAAGGGUGCAGCCAGUGGCCUGUUGUUUACUGGGCACCAUACUUUGCUGCCCGAUCAAGGGCAAUGGCCACCCAGGAAAGCCAGGGAGAGCCGUCUGUUGGCCCUAACCACAGGAUGGUGUAAUUUCCUGUUGUGAUUUCACCCGCACCGAGCCGUCGCACCGAACCGCACUCCCAUGAUGCUAACUCCUGCCCCCUCGAAUUAUUUUGAGAGGCUGUGCAUAGCACUUGGUUGGCAAAAAAACAGGUGUCUGAUGCUCCACGUGCUUAACCCUCAAAAUGUCAUAUGCGCAGUUGGUGGCUUUUUGUCUUGUCCACCGUAACACACUUCUCACAGCUGGCCGGUGAAAAUCCAGCCUGUGCGCUCCCUUGUCAAACCCUUGCCACGAGCAAUGCGGCGUGACGGUAUACUUGGUGGUGUGGCUCGUGGGGAAAUUUUCGGAAUUUAAAUUCCCCACUGGUCCCCCCCCCCCCCCCCCGUGCUGAGAGGGACGCAGGGUAGGUAGCUGUGAGUUCUGAGGUUGGGUUCCGUUGAGCUGGCUACCCAGCAGCUCUUUCACCUCGGAUGAGGAAAAGGUUGCGGAGCUGUCGGGACGAAUCCACGCACCGUUGGGCCCUCGUAUCGUGCGGGGCCAGCAUCUGAUCCCGGACCGAAUAUACCGCCAAGAUUUUAUGAAUGCGUUAAUUAUUUAUGACUACUCACGGGAACUGAUGACACAUUUGCGAAUGACUGAGGACUCGUUGACAAUUUAACACGGUGAAUAGCAACUGGAUAAGGAUUACCCAAACUCACAAUUACACUCGCUAACCAUUGACGAUGUACUGAAGGACAAAAUUUACUCCAUGUAGGCUGGCGGCUAAAUUGAGAUAUCUUAGAAACGAAUGACGAAUCUCGCCUCGCUCAAACGCGCUCCCCCUGUAAAGGCGUCGCCAUUCAGUCUGCGCUCGAGCGAUGUUAUUGCCAUGACGGAAUGGCACGUGAUGGUGACUUGAAUCCCUUUUCCAGCAUCAAUGAGCACGGUUGGCUACAUACGGUGUGAAAGAAGUUCAACAAACAUACGUAACCUGGGACAUGCAGCCACGGCGAGUAGUUACAAGGAUAGUUCCAAGAGAAGGCCUUGUGUGGUGUAUAAAUAGUGAAAUUCACAGUUCAUUUAUUUAUUGUUCAUAUUUUCAUUGCUUUUUCUCACGUGUUUAAUGUGUGGAGCCCUUAGAGGUACUGUUCCGUUUGCGUUCCACGAGUGCUCUUCACUUUUUAUUAACACAUGUUCACGAUACAGGAGUGUUUAAUACACGCGUUUCAAGUCCAAUUGGAUGACCGCAGCUACAUGAUUUAAAUAAAUCUGGUUUGUUGCAUCCGAGUCGAUGUA